AUGGACAAGGCCUCAGUUACUAUGCCUUCAUCCGAAAGUACCUCAUAUUCUGACUGGAUCUUCAUUGAUCAAGCUUGGAAGGAUGAAGAACUUAACUGUUUUGCUUCACCACUUCAGCAUGUUGUAAAAAGAAGUGAAGUGGCACCCAGCAGACCUAAAACAAAGCUAGAAGAUAUAUCAGAAGCUCUAUUAAAUUUCUUCAAUCCAGUGACAUGUCGUCCCAAAGAAGAUCAAACAGUAGUUGCUUGCCGCGCAGGAGAGCAUAUUAACAAGACUACUUGUCUGAAAAAUAGAUGUUGUCACUCUUCCAAAAAAAGCAGUCAGCUGAAGUGCUAUGCCCCACUCAAAGACCGACUUCAGCUGACACUGCGACUGUUUGCACUUGGAAUAGGAGGAAUGAUUAUUUUGGGGUGUCUGCCACUUUUCUGCUGUACAUAUUUACAGAGAAGUAAGUGUGCCAACCCUUUGCUAAGAGCAAACAAAGAAGUUGAGCAAAUUGUUCAGAAGCAAACAGAUACGAGUGAAAACAUUGGUGGCUAUUUGCUGGAUUUACUUAAAGAAGAUGCUAAGGACCACAAGCAGAAGAAGAAAGAGAAAACGCCAGCUGAUCUUGAACAGCCUGGGCAAGACAAGGAUGCCAAUGUGACCUGAGUGUAUGUCAGAAAACGAGUU